AUGCCAUCUAUGGACUUGAGCAGUCCUCACAUGCUCAAUCUUGAGCAGUCCUCAAUGAUACCAUGGUCCGGUGGAGGGGAGCGUAUAUAUGCAGCUGUGGGUGGAGCCUGUCUGUUGCAGCGUGCUGGCGAACUUAGUGUGGUGGAGUACGGCCUCGAUAGAGUACUACAAACUGUGAGUUUCGUAUCUUAUGGAGGAGUUCAGUUAGGGCCAUGGUGGCACGAAGCUCGGGUGGAUUGGUUGGAGCUGAAUGAGAGCGGACAUCUGCUUCUGUUCCGUCAUACUAGACGACGACUUGCACUUCUCCGUAUUGAUACCGGGGAAAAGGAAAUUAUCGGUAGCGGAGUUAGUUUCGUGCAAUGGAUAGAAACUAGUGACGCUGUUGUAGCCCAAACCCCAACACAUUUGCUGAUUUGGUACAGUGUGUGGGAGCCUCAGUGUGUUGACAUGUCUGAGUGUGUAUCAGUCUCGGCUGUAUCAGUAUCAGAGCGACGAGUCCUACUGGAAGGAGGUCAGAUCCAGGCCAUUGUAUUGGAUGAACAUCGACUGGCUUUCAAUUCCGCGUUACGUAGCGGGGACUUAAAGGAUUGUGCUCAAUACUUGGACGCUGUGUCGAGGUCUGCGGACGUGGGGUCGUUGUGGUGUCAACUGGCUGAACAGGCGCUAACAGGAUACGAUGUUGAGAUCUAA